CGCUAGUGCCGUUAUUGCAAGGCCUAUUGCAAAAGAGUUUGCCAAAGCCAAAAGUGAAUGCCAACUCACAGAAAACUCCGAAAAAGCACCAAAUACGGAAGUGAAUCAAGUAGCAGAGACUAGCACACAUACAAAUAAGGCCUGUAGUAGUAGUAGUGAACGUAGUGAUUUGUAUACUGUUAAUAAUUGCAACAACAACAAUUGCAGCGUAAGCCACAACGACCAAACCAAUACAAACAACAGCAACAACAAUAAUACACAAACUGACUCAGAUACACAAACACAUAGCGACAAUAAAGAUUGCACACACAACACAAAUACAAACAAGCCUUUAGAUUCCAAAGAAUCUCAACCGACAAUGACACGCGACAUUGUGAUGAAGAACAGUACCGCCAAAGUUGGUGGUAGUGGUGGUAAUCGUUCGAGUGAUAGCGUCGUUUCCAAGCAGAAACAGAUCGAUAGGUUAGGCGUCCCUCAGAAGGAGGACUCCGGCACAGAGAGUGGUGAGGACUUGCGCCUCAUUGCGGCAGGUCUGCGUGAUAGUUUGCAACUACAAAGUGAUACAAAUUUGAUUGAAGAGGUCACCGCCGCUCUAACACGUCUAGAGCUGUCCUUGAAAGAGGGCAAGGAUAUACCAGUUGAUGGUAGUAAACGCGAGGCUCUGCUUGCGUUGGUCGCCCGCCUCCAAACGGGUCUCAGUUCACCCGACGCUGCACUGAGUCUGUCAAAUAUGGCCAACAAUGCGGGGGCAUAUGAUGAGGCCUCCUCGCCGGAGACCGAUGGGCAACGUUCGAAUCGCCAACGUUUUGCACGUCGACGUAAUCGCAACAGUCGCCACACAGUCGGCGUAAGUCGGGAAGAAUUGGCCGACGCAAGACGUUACAUGGAAGAUAUGCAAAUGAUAGAGAAUAUAUCCAAUUGCACAACGCCUGAAAGCGGUUUGGCGGGCAAUCCUGUCACGCCGCCCCAGUGGUGCCCUAUCGAGAAAAAUCCGUCGUCGGGUGCGAUACUCACGGGCAACUCGUCUUCGGCACUAUACCGUCCAAAUCAGUUUGUACCUGCACAACUAAAGAACACAACGACAUGCCUUAAUAGCGAAAAACAAACAACUGAGCGAGAAAAGGAUACCUCAAAGAGCAAACGUCCGUUGUCGGGUAACUUUUCCGUCAGUUUCGAGCCAAAUUCUACCAAAAAUGAGACACAAACACAUUCGAAUGCACCGAAUGAAGAACCGACAGCGUCCCAUGUGAACGGCUAUGAUUCACCUGAUUCCAGUUUGAAAUCUAAUCGUUUCUCAAAUAAAAAACAACUUCUGAAGCGUGCAAAUACCAUCGAUAUACCGAAGUCCAAAAAAUACAAUCCCGACUUUGACACAGAUUCCGAGCCGGAGGACAAAGCACCACAGCUGGGCUUAAAGCGCACACUUCAAGUGAAUGUUAAGCAAAAAGUUCGCAGCGUUAUACCACCAUUCGUACCAAAGACUGAAAACGAUCACAAAUUUCUAGCAUUCAUCAACAAACAAAGCGAUAAGCCUGGUCUCGGCUGGACUGGUUCGCGUUCAGUUUCUAACUGGACCAACAAAUUCGGAAACUUGAAACACACCUUUGAAGUGGGCGCCGCGGCACAGGUUACAACCGGCAAACCACCGCAAGCGCCCGGUCACGUGCCACACAGCGCUGCCAAGAAUUACUGGCAGAAACAAGUAGCCGCACAGGACUACCAUCUGCAGCAACAAGAACAACAGCAAUAUCUACAAUACCAGCAACAGCAGCAACUGCUGCAACGCACUCAACAAGAGGCAAACGAACGUCAACGCCGCAAAGAGAGAGAGCGCCUUGAACGCGAACGUAUAGAAUGUGACCGUCUUGAGCGCCAGCGCUUAGAGCGUGAGCGGCAGGAGCGCGAUCGAAUCGAACGAGAAUACUACGAGAGGGAGAUUAUGGAGCGAGAACGUUUGGCUGCAGCACAGCAUGCCGCCAUGCCAAGCAUGUCGGUGCCAAAACCGGCGCCGGUCAAUCAAUUUCAGCACGCCCCUCAGUCAGUUUUCCGGCCCAUUGACAACAACGACACCCUUAGUCAUAACAUUUUCAAACCCAUACCGCAACUGCCGCAAAAGUUGAAUACUUGGCAGCCACCAUCCAUUUCUAAUAAACCCCUCUCAGCACCAGCACAGAUAUCGCCUGCCUCACCGCAGUUCCAGUUCCUGACCACAAAACAGUCAGUGAAUGGCACACAAGUGACAUCACCUUCAUCCACCACCUCAUCGCCCAUAGGUUUGCCGUGGGUCGCUAGGCCCGCAGUAGACAAUAGCGAUUUCAGAAAGAAAGCGCAUACUUUCGAGGAACGUUCCCAAAAUGAUAAUCUUCAAAAUUCAUAUUUGCAGAGGCAUCAUUCGCUGCGUUCGUCAAAGGUUAGCCAACAACCACCAAUGGACGAGUACAAGAAAAGACCCUCACUGCCCAGCACCGCUGAUCCAUAUAUGGCCGCACACAGUCAGUAUAUACCAUCACAGCUGUCUCAAGCCUACGGCUCUACAUCUGAUGCUUACGGUCCGCCACCACCACCAACCAAUAUCUCAUUUACGUAUGCCGACAUGGCGCGCAACAGCAACUACAAAAGCUAUCCCUGCUUACCAUCAGCUGUUGAGACUUCAAUAACUGCGGACUAUGUGCGGCAGCGCGAAAGUUCCUUAACCGAUCCGAAUGCGACACCACUGGUGCUCACCAGUUCCAAUCCAACUUACCAGCCGCCUGGAGAUACUCGCGCCUACUACAACAAUAUUCCUAGAGCAAAGCAAUUCGAUUACGUCAGCCCUAUGGAAAGCGCGCCAACAAGUCCCAGUAUCCUAACUAUGCAGCAAACGGAUUACACCGACGAUGACCUAGACUCAGAUAAUUUGUUGGAAUACCGCGCCGAAACUCGGGUGAUGGGAAAGCCCCAAAGUCAAACCGCUGUAACAAUACGCGACAGACGUACAGCGCAUGCCAGCGAUGAUGAAGUCUUCGGCAAGAACUCACGCAAUGCGCGAAACCUUCUGCAUGCAAUGAGAAAUAUCGGUAAAAAUGGAAAUGGUGGAGCGAAAGUAAAGAAGGAGGUUGCGAGGAAAGUGGAAUCGCCAAAGACUUGUCUAUCGCCGGAUGGUCGUGCAUAUCAAGCGCCAAUCGUUGAACCUUUGUUCCCAGAACUCACCAAAUUUGAGCCCAACCGUACGCCAGAGUACAUUGAGACCACUAUUAAGGCUCCGGUUCAAGCUAACCCGAAAAAAUUACGUGCUAAAACGCCACCAAUGCCCAGCCAGCACAUCGAUCGCAGUUUGCAAUUGGCACGUGCUGAGGAGAAAUAUCGGGCGGAACAGCAGAAGUAUGCGGAACAGGUUAAUAAUACAAGUGUAAAUAAUACGCGGAAAGAAGAGCAACAAAUGCAAUACCAGCAGGUUAGCGCCGUAUCCAGCGCUUCUUCAGCAAAAUCGCUGCCCUACGUAAGUGAGACUCAAACUGCCUAUGUAGUCACAUAUCCGACAGAGGAUAUUUAUGAGAAUGGCUAUGGGAAACAACAUCCAAAUUCAUUGCCAUUGCAGCGAAACCGCAAUGUAUCUGAAAAUUCGUCCGCCAGUUCAUCAGUGUCACACAACUUACCUUCACCCGGCACAAAUUGGACUCCCAAUCCCAUACAUUCGGUGGUGGAAGUUAAGCCACAACACAAGUCCCAAAACUCUAUUGGCAGUAACAGUGAAUCACAAAAUAUGUACCAAACACAAACUCGGGCGCCCCCACAGAUGCAAAGCUACAACAAUGUACAAAGCUAUGCCACGAACCGAAAGCCAAAUGUAGCACCCAAAUCUGCGGUAACAACCGCGCACUAUAUACCCCCGCCCAAUCCGAGCCUGCCUAUCAACAACAAUAUACUCAACCACCUAACCAGAAGCCGCUGGCUCCCCCACAAGUACAGUCCAAAUUACCACAACAAGAAAGAGAAUAUCAACCUCCAGUACAAGCUACAUCUCCGCAAGUAAAAAGUGUGCCUAAAUUGACGACAAGAAGUCAGGUAACGAUCUUCUACAUGGCAGACUAAAUCCUUUGAACAGCACAC